AUGGCUUCUUUACCCAAAAGAAUUAUAAAAGAAACUGAACGUCUGAUUAGUGAUCCUGUCCCGGGUAUUACUGCUGAACCACAUGAAGAUAAUCUUCGUUAUUUCAAUGUCACUGUUGAAGGACCAGCAGGUUCACCCUACGAAAAUGGUAUUUUCCAGCUAGAAUUAUAUUUACCGGAUGAUUAUCCAAUGGAAGCGCCAAAGGUGCGUUUUUUGACCAAGAUUUACCAUCCCAAUAUUGAUAGAUUAGGCCGUAUAUGUCUAGAUGUCUUGAAGACAAAUUGGUCCCCAGCCUUACAGAUCAGAACUGUCCUUCUUUCAGUCCAAGCAUUAUUGGCUAGUCCUAAUCCAAACGAUCCAUUAGCAAAUGAUGUCGCUGAAGAAUGGAUUCAAAAUGAAGCUGGCGCCAAAGCUACAGCAAGAGAAUGGACCCAGAAAUACGCGAAGAAGGUUGAAAAUUAG